CCCCCUGCUGAGCUUUUUAAACCAGCGCGGGACUCUGCUCCUCUCACUUCCUGUUAGUUCUGUUGUCUGAUCAGUUCUGUGUCUUCAGUCUGAUCUUCCUGUGAUCGUCCUGUGAUCUUCCUGUGAUCUUCCUCUGGUCACUGAGCUCUGUUUAGUUGGUGAAACCUCUUCUUCCUCGGUCUCGGUCUCCGCGCGGACGGAACAUGGUGCGGACUAAAGCGGACAGUGUCCCCGGCUCCUACAGGAAAGCUGUUGCAGCUUCAGCUCCGAGGAAGUCUCUGGGCUCCAGUUCCACCAACUCGUCGUCCUGCAGCAGCCAGUCGUCCACACCAGCUAAGGGCAAAUAUGCCGGUGGGAACCUGGUGUGUCCUCGCCCCACUCCGACCUGGCAGAAGGGCAUCGGGGACUUCUUCGGUGGGCCCCCCAGGAAGCCUGAGAAGGAGAACCAGAGACCCCAGGAGACUGAGGACGACGAGGAGGCCGGAGGCAGCGGGAUGUCCAAGGCCAACAGGAAGUCCAGGCCGCUGCCAGCUGACGAUGAGGAGGAUGACGCCUGAGACGAUGAAGCUGUCUGCUGCUCAGGCUCGCAGGCACUUCACUGUACAUCUGUAUAUACUUUUCUGCUGAAUUCCCUUUAAAUAGGUCAUUAAACACUUUUUAUGUUUUUAA